AUUAAAUGCAGUGACAAAAACAAACAAUGGUCUUACUUUCAACUACCCAAAUUCACCAAAUAUGGUCAAAGCUAUCAGAGUUCAUGAACUCGGAGGCCUUCAGGCUCUGAAAUGGGAGGAUGUGGAAAUAGGGGAGCCAAAAGAAGGAGAAAUCAAGGUUAAAAAUAAGGCUAUUGGAGUCAACUUCAUUGAUGUUUAUUUCCGGAAAGGAGUUUACAAGGCCCCAGCAUUGCCUUUCACACCAGGAAUGGAGGCCGUUGGUGUGGUAAUUGCUGUAGGUCCUGGGCUUACUGGAAGAGUAGUUGGAGAUGUUGUUGCUUAUGCAGGUAACCCAAUGGGUGCAUAUGCAGAAGAGCAAAUCCUUCCUGCUGAGAAAGUAGUCCCCGUGCCUCGUUCUAUAGAUCCUGUUGUAGCAGCAUCAAUUUUGCUCAAAGGAAUGACUGCUGAGUUUCUACUUCGCCGAUGUUUCAAAGUUGAACCAGGGCAUACCGUCCUUGUUCAUGCUGCAGCUGGUGGAGUAGGGUCUCUGUUAUGCCAAUGGGCAAAUGCCCUUGGUGCCACAGUUAUCGGAACUGUCUCUACUAAAGAGAAGGCAGCUCAAGCUAAGGACGAUGGUUGCCAUCAUGCUUUAUUGUACGAGGAAGAUUUCGUUAGUCGCGUCAAUGAGAUUACAUCCGGUAAUGGAGUUGAUGCCGUCUAUGAUUCUGUUGGAAAGGAUACAUUUCAGGGCUCGUUGGCAUGCUUGAAAGUUCGAGGGUACAUGGUGAGCUUUGGUCAGUCCUCUGGUGCUAUAGACCCAAUACACUUAUCGGCCCUUCCUCCAAAAUCCAUCUUCUUGACGAGGCCUUCCAUGAUGCAAUACACGGCAACGAGGGAUGAACUGCUGCGUUCUGCUUCUGAGGUUUUCACAAAUGCUGGAGCGGGUGUGUUACGCGUAAGAGUAAAUCAUACAUACCCGUUGUCGCAGGCUGCACAAGCCCAUUCAGAUCUUGAGAACAGAAAAACAUCUGGAUCCAUUGUGCUCAUACCAGAUGGGUGUUAGUGGCUGAAUCAUACUCGAAGAAGGAUAAACUAAAAUCUCAAUAAUGUUUGUGUUUCAAUAAAACAUAAGUCUAGAAAAUGUUUGUUUUAACAUGUUUUUCUCGUCUGGAUUUCUUCAUAUGUUUUCAAUAAUGUGUGAAUGCUCUUGAGUUGUGUUUC